GGUAAUUAUACCUUACUAUCAGAGAGAAAGUUGUGCGGGUAGUGUUUGGACAGAAUAAACUUAGUCAAUAUGCAAAGGAACAAGAGGAACGAACCACCUGCAUGGAAUUCAGAGGAAAAGUUUUUGAAAAUAUAUCUAAAGGGCCGCCCAGUGCCCUUGUGCGCGCCCACAAACAUCGAGGAUGAAGGCCCGUACGACGUGAAGGCACCUCAAGACCCGCCUGCUCAGCAACUCAAACUAGAAUGGGUGUACGGUUACCGGGGUGGCGACUGCAUGUCAAACCUUUACACCAUUGCAACCGGGGAGGUAAUCUACUUCAGUGCGGCUGUGGUUGUCCUCCAUAACUUUGCGGAGCAGACUCAAAGACACUAUACAGAACACAAUAAUGAUGUCAAAAGCCUGGCCAUUCAUCCAGACCAAGUUAAGGUGGCAACGGGACAGGUUACUGGUCAUGAGAAAAAGGGCAAGGCGCACGUAAGGGUGUGGGAGAGCAUCAACCUUACGACGCUGCACGUGAUCGGCGAGGGGGAGUUCCAGAGGAACGUCUGCUGCGUCUCCUUCUCUCCAGUUGAUGGGAAUAACUUACUGGCGGUGGAUGAAAGUAACGAACAUAUCCUGUCUGUCUGGGAUGUCAGCCGAGACAACAAAUUCUCCAAGAUAACCGACUGCAAGUCGUCAAAUGACCCUGUGACCCAGUGUGCCUUCCACCCAAAAGAAGAGAAUCAGAUCGUCUGCUGUGGCAAGUCACAGAUCACAUUCUGGACGCUUGAGGGGGAGAGACUUUCCAAGAAGGGCGGAAUCUUUGGGAAAAACGAGAAGCCAAAGUCGGUCCAUUGUUUCAGCUUCACAGAGAACGGGGACGUCGUGUCCGGAGACUCCAGUGGCAAUAUCUACGUCUGGGAGAAAGGCACCAACAAGAUCAGCAAGGCCAUUCCAAACGCCCACGAUGGUGAUGUGUUCAGCAUCUGUUGUUCGAGAGAUGGAACCAUUCUAUCCGGAGGAGGGACAGACAGGAAAAUCAUUCAGUGGGACGCGGAGUUCAACAAAACUGGAGUAGAAAAUGAGAUCCCUGUGGAGUUUGGAGCUGUACGGAUGAUAAGCCAGAAGCCGGACAACAUGAUUCUAGUGGGAACCAUCCGUAACUGCAUCUUACAGGGGAAUAUGGACCUAAACGUCUCACCUGUUGUUGAGGGUCACAAAGAAGAGUUAUGGGGCCUGGACGUGAGCCCCAGUCAGUCCCAGUUCCUAACGUGCGGAUACGACAAGCACGUGUAUCUGUGGGACGCCCAGACACGCUCCGUCGUCUGGCGGAAGGAGAUCUCCGAUCCGGCCCGUUGUUGCUGCGUCCACCCGAGUCUGCCAAUCGCAGUGGUGGGUCUGCAGACGGGCAAGUGGCUUGCACUUGACCUAAAUACGCAAGAGAUCGUCGCCGAGAACAGCGAUGGCACAGAUCAGAGGGAUUGCAUGCAGUUCUCACCUGACGGCAAGAUGCUGGCAGUGGGAGGUCAUGACAACUGCAUCUUCAUAUACGAAGUGAGCGAUGAUGGUAAAGGGUACCAAAAUGUAGGCACGUGUUCCGGCCACAGCUCGUUCGUGACCCACAUUGACUGGUCGGAGGACGGCGAGAUACUUCGAAGCAACUCGGGCGAUUACGAGGUCCUGUACUGGUAUCCAAAGACAUGCGGGCAGGAAAUCUUCAGGGACGCUGUGAGGGACCGAGCGUGGGCCACGCAAAACUGCACCCUCUCAUUCCAGUCUGCGGGAAUCUGGCCUAUUGAUGCGGACGGUACGGACGUAAACAACUGUGCGGUGUCACAUGACAAGAAGCUGUUGGUGAGCGCUGACGACUUUGGGAAGGUCAACCUGUACGCAUUCCCGUCCAUCCAUCCCAAGGCCACGGGUAACUCGUACCAGGGCCACAGCAGUCACGUGACCAUGGCCAAGUUUCUGUGCGAUGAUUCUCGCGUAAUCUCCACGGGGGGAAAAGACGAGACCGUAAUGCAGUGGCAGGUGGUCGCUAAGUUAACAUAACAAUCUCAUCCUGAUAACAUGGCUUGACCUUUGGUUUCGGGGCAGUUUGCAUUAUUAUUGUUGGGGACUUUGGUCCCAUUUUAUGAAUGGUGAAGGGAUAUCCAGUGUUUUCUUAAAAACUCCCUAUGCAUUCUUUGCUAAUAUUAAUGCACAUGUCUUUUAUUUUCAAGAGGAAUGUUAGUGACAAAGAGAAAGCUUAAUGUUUAGUCUGACAAUAAUUAUCAACAAUUUUUGCACGUUAAUUUUUCCGAAAUGAUUGAUUCUUUGUUGAUUAUUAUUUGCCUAGACAAAGUACUUUUUGUUCUUUUUCGUUAAAUCAUUUCAAUAACGAUAUUGACCUGUUUUGAUUAAUUAAAUAUUUAUGCUCAAUCUAAAGUGUAUAAGAUAACUAAAGAUGUGUUAGUUCUUUUAUGUUUAUAU